UUGUAAAAAAAUUACUGGGAAACGGAAGUAUUGCGAGCAACUGAUUAAUAUUUUUUUAACAAAUAUAUAACAUUACGUAUUACAAAAAUACAUACAUAUAUACAUUAAAAAAAUAAAUAAUUAAAACAUCAAAAAACGAUAUCUAAACAAACAACGCAAGAAUAGUUUUGCUUUAAAAUUCAACAAGUAUGAAUUGCUAAAAAGUGACAUUUCUUUGUUUAAAUAAAUACAUAUCAAGUGUUGUAAACAAAUUUAUUAGGUAUAAACAGUUAAACAAAGUUAUUAUAAAAGCUAUGUCAAAUGAUGAAGAGAGACUGUACGAUCCCAUAGACGCGGACGAGGAAGGUGAUAUAGCACAAAAUAUUGAUGCCGCUUCUACCUCCCCUACAACAACAGGUCACAACAAUAAUAAUAAUGAGGAAGCUGAUGCCAAUUCGUAUUCUACUCUACCAAAUAGUGAGGUAAAACACCGUUGGUUUAUUUUGGAACCUGCGGUUUUCUUGGUCUUCUUGUCCAUGUAUUUAUCUACCACAGUAUAUCAAAACCAAUUGUUGUACCAAACAUGCAUUUAUAUAAAACACUAUAAUGAUACAGUAUGCCAGCCGCUCUUAGGAGUUGAACCUGAAUCUGAAGAGGUUCGACGCAUUGAAAUUGAAGUACAACCGUAUGUGGCGAAAAUCCUAAUGGCACGUUCAUUGUUGGAAAGUAUUAUACCCGCAAUUGUCAGUUUGUUUAUAGGGCCCUGGUCAGAUAAGUUCGGACGCAGACCUAUUGUUUUGACAACAUUUACCGGAUACUUGGCGGGUUCUAUCAUUUUGACAACAUUAACUUAUAUAUCUACUAAAAUUGCUGUAAGCCCUUGGGUGUUUUUGUUAUGCUCCGUUCCCUCUGUGCUGAGUGGAGGCACAUGUGCUUUAAUAACUGGUAUAUACUGUUAUAUAUCUGAUGUGGCGAAAGAAAAAACCAGGGCAUUAAGAAUGGUUUUAAAUGAGGCUUCUCUAUGUGCGGGCAUGAUGGUGGGAAACGUUGCCAGUGGAUAUUUAUAUGCAGCCACCGAUGCAGUUACAGUGUUUAUAAUAUCAUCAUGUUUAAUGUUAUUGGCUUUAAUUUAUGUUGUUAUAUUCGUAGUGGAAAGUUUGAAACCAGAACAAAUACAUUCAGGAUCUAAAAUACGAGAAUUCUUCCGUUUUGAUUUGGUAAAAGAUUUGGUGCAAACUUGCCUAAAGAGAAGACCCAACUUUGAUCGCAUUAUUAUUUGGUUAACUAUGAUCGCUUUAACUGUGGCUAUAUUUACCAUGGAGGGUGAUUCUAAUGUGACAUACUUGUUUGUUCGCAAACAAUUUGAAUGGACUUUAAAGGAUUUUAGUAUGUUUAAUGCUGCACGAAUUGUCGUACAAAUAAUUGGUAGUAUACUAGGCAUGUUUAUUUUACGUAGGAUUUUAAAAUUUUCAAUUGUAUCGAUGACAAUGAUUUCUCUGGCCAGUUGUGUUUUGGAGAGCACUGUAAGAGCCACAGCAAUAUAUUGGUGGCAACUAUAUUUAGGUUUAUGCUUCGGUUUCAUGAGGGGUAUAAUGGGACCAAUGUCUAGAGCAAUAUUAUCUCAUGUGGCGCCGUCUACGGAAGUUGGAAAAAUUUUUGCUUUGACUACUUCAAUGGAGUCGUUAUCGCCGUUAAUAGCAGCUCCAUUGUAUACAUUAGUAUAUAAUGCUACGUUUGUUUAUUACCCGGGCUUAUUUAAUUUUAUUAGUGCUGGUUUAUAUCUAUUAUGUUUUACUCUCAUAUCAACAAUUUACGGCAUUCAGAAAUCAAUGGGACAAACUGCUACAUAUCAAGCAAUUGGUAGUUAAUUGUUUUAAAACUAGCUAAUUUUUAUAUCUUUAAUAUUGAAUGUUAAUAUUAGUAAAAUUUUGUGAUUUUUUAAGAAAUGAGUGAUAUCAAAUAUCUUUGAUAAUAAACUUUAAUUUAUAAAUAAAAUACGCACAAUAUGUAUACAUAGAUAGCUUAA